GGAACAAUUUUCUAUGUGACACCGGAAGUACUCCUGAAUCAUCCCGGCGAGCAGUUUUGGAAGCACUGACACUCUUAGCGCUUUAUUAGUCUUUAUUUCAUAUAACUUCAACUUAUAUCUUUAGUCAUCCUUCAAAAUGCUGAUUAAAGUGAAGACUCUGACUGGGAAAGAAAUAGAGAUCGACAUCGAGCCCACGGAUAAGGUGGAGCGAAUUAAAGAACGUGUGGAGGAAAAAGAAGGGAUCCCGCCCCAACAACAAAGACUCAUCUACAGCGGAAAACAGAUGAACGACGAGAAGACGGCGGCGGACUACAAAAUCCAGGGCGGCUCGGUGCUCCACCUGGUGUUGGCGCUAAGAGGAGGGACAGCCAGCCAUGUGGUCCCGUCAUGAGCGCCGUAGGUGUCCUAUCAUAUAUAUAUACGCGUUAAGACAAAAACAAACCACACCAAGAAGAAAAAAAACGGAUGUUUUUGUAACCCGUAUUGGCUUUCAGUUUGACAAAUGUGUGCUUUAUUGCUUGUGAAUAAAUGCUGAAGUGGA